AUGCCAUCUGUCGACCAGGGAGAGCGCUCCUGGUCCUCGUCUUCGGCGACAAGUUCGCCCGCACGCGUGGGCCGCGAGAAGUGCUCUAGUACCUCACUCUGUGUACCUUCGCCGGAUGCGUCUCGACCUGGUCCUACCGUGGAGCCGGGCAGGAAGAGGACUGAAGAUGAGCUCUUGCUCGAAUUGGGACGCAUGCAUGGCGCUGCGGUAUGACCAGCAACAUAUUUUUUGCAUGUUGUAGUUGUUGUCUCUUGGUCAAUCUUUUCUGCGGCCCUCUUGUUUGCUUGCGUUUUUCGCGUUGGUUUCCCGCCCUGAACAUUUUAGAAGUAGGUCAAUGAUCGUUGCCUGGACCACAUGGCCUGUUGCACGUGUACUUAAUGUAAGUAACAACUGUGGGUAGAGGAAGAGGUAGCGUAGUUUUUUUAAAAUAUCACCUGAGUACCAGCUCAAGAAAAAGUCUUUUUAGGCAAACAUACUCUUUUCAGUCUACCAACCCAUCGCCAUCAACCUCGGAGGACAACGAGCUGAAGACAAUAGCAGAUGUCGAAAAGGUUUGUGCGUCGACGGAAAAUGUUGAUGAAGAUGAAAUCGAAAGAGAUAUGAAAAGGGGACAUGCUCACGCUCAUCCAGGAGGUUCCCGCCCAAAUCACGAACAUUCUUCUCAACACCCGGCUCCACCCCCGCCGCACGACUAUCAAUACGAGUACGACGCCGAAGAGUACUACACCGAGGACGGGCUGAGCGUGAAGGCCUCACCCCCACGACCUCCAAUCCGCGGCGGUCGUCCUACCCCGGUGAUCACGUCGCGCAGCAAAGUGAUUACCAGCCCGAGCAACGCCGAGGUUUGGUACAACACAGUUCGGGAGCGACAGGAAGCCGAUUUGGCCAACGCGCUCCGUUCCAACGGCUGGCUGGUAGAGGAACUGAAGCGGAAAACCGACCUGCUAGACGCGGCUAGACAAGAGCAGGAAGCCGAAGCCCAGCGGUGGCGCAACGAGCGCGCCGAGCUGGAGCGCGACGCAGCGCAGAAGGUAGAGGCCUUAGAAGGCGUGCUGGAAGAUUUGCGGGCCCAGUUCGCCAACACAAAAUUACAACUUGAGCACCAGGCCGAGGCGAAACGUCGGGUGUGCGAGGCGCAGUGCGAGACCAUGCGCGAGGAGGUGGCGGAGAAAACUGGCGAUAUGAAAAAGCAGGAUGAGCAGAUACAACAUCUCCGACAGCAAAUCUGCAAUCUGUGCCGCAGUCUGCAGGACAACCGCGACGCGACGCAGAAAGCGCUUCUGUCAGCGAAGGACGCAGUCGUGAGUGCUAGCAAAAAAGCGCAAGAUAACUACCGGGAAUGGAAGAGCCAACAGAAAACGCAGUGGCCUUUGGACAAAUUGUACUUCUCGCGACUGCAGGACGCGCUGCACACCAUCGAGCUGAGGUGCACACGGUUGCUCGUCGAUACGGAGAAAAGGUUCGGGUUUUUGCAAGAGGACGAAACUCGCUCUGCAGGAGGAGGUGGCCACGCUGCCGCAAAGAACGUGCGGUCUUCUGGUAGCAAUGUUGUGAAUGCAGGAAGGUGUGGGCCCACCGGUUCAUCUUCAUCAGCUAGUUCAUCAUCAGUCCGCCCAAGAAGUACAAUAGCAGUACCACAGUCCACCGCAACUACCUCAGUUUCCCGCAGCAGCUUCACGCCGGGUCAUCGGUCGUCGAGUUGUCAGUCGCCAGGUCGUGUCGCUGCUCCACAGAAAACGAGAACGAUGGCAGCCGCACCGCAGCUGAACAAAGUCAAAAAUAAGUGUUUGAAUUUGUUUUUGGACGAUUCGGUUUUGUCCGAAACGGCCGCGGAAACGUACCUGAACAAGAUUGUGGAGAGGAGCAAACAAGAAGAUUCGGAGGGGGUUGGUGGCGGUGGCCGUGGUGGGGUCGGGGGACGAGUGGUAAAGACAAGUUACAAUCCGAAUCGGUACAACACGUAGUGACGACCACACGAUGCGUUUUGUAUCUACUUUGAGGAUAACCGAGGAACGCGACAAGAACACGCUUGUCCAAAUUGGUUCUGGACUGGACGUGAGUCGUUUCCUUGUCGAGGGAGCGCACAGAUUCAAAGAAUACAAUUAGAGCAUACGAAUAAGAAAAAAGACGUCUUUAGCGACGCCCUGCUCACCGGUGUCGACACGCUAGUAGUCAGGUUUCUUCGCGAAAAUCCUCCCAAGUGAGUUUAAGUAAGGCAAGCAGUUGGUUUUGAUAGUUUAGGACUGAGAUCAUGUCGCUGCCAAAUAAUAGAAGUUGCCGG